GCGGCGGGGCGCGCCAUGGAGCACGUGACGGAGGGCUCCUGGGAGUCGCUGCCGGUGCCGCUGCACCCGCGGGUGCUGGGCGCGCUGCGGGGGCUGGGUUUCCCGUACAUGACGCCGGUGCAGUCUGCAACCAUCCCUCUGUUCAUGAAAAACAAGGAUGUCGCUGCGGAAGCGGUCACAGGUAGUGGCAAGACUCUCGCUUUUGUCAUCCCCAUCCUGGAAAUUCUUCUGAGAAGGGAAGAGAAGUUAAAAAAGAGUCAGGUUGGAGCCAUAAUCAUCACACCCACGCGAGAACUGGCUAUUCAAAUAGACGAGGUCCUGUCGCAUUUCACAAAGCCCUUCCCGCAGUUCAGCCAGAUUCUCUGGAUUGGAGGCAGGAAUCCUGGAGAAGAUGUUGCGAGGUUUAAGGAACAGGGUGGGAAUAUCAUCGUGGCGACUCCAGGCCGCUUGGAGGACAUGUUCCAAAGGAAGGCCGAGGGCUUGGAUCUGGCCGGCUGUGUGAGGUCCCUUGACGUCCUGGUGUUGGAUGAAGCAGACAGACUUCUGGACAUGGGGUUUGAGGCAAGUAUAAACACCAUCCUGGAGUUUUUGCCAAAGCAGAGGAGAACGGGCCUUUUCUCUGCCACCCAGACGCAGGAGGUGGAGAAUCUGGUGAGAGCGGGCCUCCGGAACCCCGUCCGCAUCUCGGUGAAGGAGAAGGGCGUGGCGGCCAGCAGCACCCAGAAGACCCCCUCCCGCCUGGAGAACUACUACAUGGUAUGUAAAGCAGAUGAGAAAUUUAAUCAGCUGGUCCAUUUUCUUCGCAAUCAUAAGCAGGAAAAACACCUGGUCUUCUUCAGCACCUGCGCCUGUGUGGAAUACUACGGCAAGGCCCUGGAGGCCCUGGUGAAGAGCGUGAAGAUAAUGUGCAUCCACGGAAAGAUGAAAUACAAGCGCAAUAAGAUCUUCAUGGAGUUCCGAAAACUGCAGAGCGGGAUUUUAGUGUGUACUGAUGUCAUGGCCCGAGGAAUAGAUAUUCCUGAAGUAAACUGGGUUUUGCAGUACGACCCUCCCAGCAGUGCCAGUGCCUUCGUGCAUCGCUGUGGCCGCACAGCCCGCAUCGGCCGUGGUGGCAGUGCGCUCGUGUUCCUCCUUCCCAUGGAAGACCCAUACGUCAGUUUCCUUGCAGUCAACCAGAAAUGCCCCCUGCAGGAGAUGAAACUCCAGAAAAACACAGUGGACCUUCUUCCAAAGCUCAAGUCCAGGGCCCUGGCCGACAGAGCUGUGUUUGAAAAGGGCAUGAAAGCCUUUGUGUCAUAUGUCCAGGCUUAUGCGAAGCAUGAAUGCAACCUCAUCUUCAGAUUAAAGGAUCUCGAUUUUGCUAGUCUUGCUCGAGGUUUUGCUCUGCUGAGGAUGCCCAAGAUGCCAGAACUGCGAGGAAAGCAGUUUCCAGACUUUGUGCCUGUGGAUGUUAAUACAGACACCAUUCCAUUUAAAGAUAAAAUCAGAGAAAAGCAGAGGCAGAAACUACUGGAGCAACAAAGACAGGAGAAAACAGAAAAUGAAGGGAGAAGAAAAUUCAUAAAAAAUAAAGCCUGGUCAAAGCAGAAGGCCAAAAAGGAAAAGAAGAAAAAAAUGAAUGAAAAAAGGAAAAGGGAAGAGGGCUCUGAUAUUGAAGAUGAGGACAUGGAGGAACUUCUGAAUGACACAAGGCUCUUGAAAAAGUUUAAAAAAGGCAAAAUUACUGAAGAAGAAUUUGAGAAGGGGUUGUUGACAAGUGGCAAAAGAACAAUGAAGACAGCAGAUUCGGGGCUCUCAGAUUCGGAAGAUGACUGCUGAUGCCGGUGCCUCAGGGGAAACGGCAGGAGUGCGAGAGCGCAGGGAGGACGAUGAGCUGGCUGCGCUCUGCAGGCAGCUCACGCCUGCUCCUGCUGCGGAUCAUAACUUCAGCAGACGGCCAAGAAGCACAUCUCUGAAAGCUGUCCUUUCAGACUGCGGAGAAAUGAGGAGUUUCACCCUCAUGAAUAUUUCACUAAAAACAUACUAGCCUUGAAGAUGUCUAACAGAAGCAAGUAUAAAAUUAUUUGAGUGUAAAUAAUAGAUGUCGAUAUUUAUUUUGAUGGGUCACCUGUAGUUAAAGAGCUCAUUUUUCUGUGGGUAUUUUAUACUUAUUUUUAACAUAAAGAUGCUAAAGUAUACUUGAUGUUAGGCCUUUUCAAGUUCCUUCGUGUUUUCAGGCGCCUGACCUGGGUGUCCUCACCCCUUGGACUUGAGUUUGAGUGCAUCUCUUGGAUGCACAGAACACCUGCACAGGGUGGCUGAGGCUGCUGGGGUUUUUCUUUUCUAAUCGUCCCCAAUACUGUUUUAUUGGGGAGUAUCUAAAAUAAAAGGAAGCAGGUCAUUUUCUGGGAAAGGAAAUUAUUAUGCCCUCUGUUGAAUAAACUAUAUCCUUCUGA